AUGGAGGCGUUAUUCGAGGAUAUCUACACCCUCGAGAGAGAUAAAGUUCACCUGGCGGCUCACUGUUUCGAGGGGUCGGCUCGAUUGUGGUGGACGCGGGUGAAGAAAAGCCGGUCAUUGGAGCUUUCAUCCAUGACUUGGGAGGCGUUUCGGGAGCUGUUACUUAUGGAGUAUUUUCCCGAAAGUGACAAGCAGAAGAUAAAGGAGGACUUUCGCAAGUUGAGGCAAGGAAGCCGAUCGAUGCGGGAGUAUGAAAAGGAGUUCUCACACAUAGUGAAUUGUGUUCUAGUCUUGGUUCAUGGUGACCGGGACCGAGCGGAGGUCUUCGAGAGUGGGUUGCGGCCGGAGAUAUUUAAGGUUAUUCAUGCCUUUCGGUUAAAGACCUAUGAGGAUGUGCUUGAUCGCGAGUUGUUGGUGGAGCGCGGUAAUGCUAUUGAGCGAGAGGAGCGCGAUGCAUUUGAGAAGGACAAGGACAAGGAGAAGUCCAAGAAACGGGCGGCUAGUGGUUCCGCAGGGCAGUCGAGUUCUAAGCGACCCCCUCGGUAUCCACGAUCAUCGUGGCGGGGAGCUAGGAGUCAGUCGAGGAGCCUGACGAUAUCCUUCCCGUGCGUGAUUUGUGGUGGAGACCACAAGGUAGUGGGCUGUCCUCAGCAUGAGGGGAGGUGUUUCUGA